CCCCACCUUUCUAAAUAUAGUACACAGGUGUAUGGCCUUAAUUGAUUUACAAUCGAUUGACGCACAAGAAAAGUUAUAUGACACCUGAUACCACUGUAGAAGAAAUUAGAUUUUGUGAAAUAACUUCAACUUUCGAAGUGGCAAUGCAAGUCGAUAUAUUAACAGUUAAACUUAUUUUUUUAUGAAAUAAUGCACGCAUUUACCUUGGGUUAUUGAUCUCUACUGGGUUACCCGAGGAUAACCACUUUACGAAAAAAAGAUGUUAAAGAUUCCAGUUUUGUCUUGUUGUUUUAACUCUUUCGCUCGUAGAAUAAAUACCAAGCUUGUUGUUCAUCGAAAGGCAAUAUGAAAACUUUACUCGUGGUUUUUGGUGUUUUGAUACAAAGUUUUUUUUGUAAAGGGUUUGUGUUUCCCGAUCAAUUCUAUACUGCUCUUUUAGAAAAUUUAAAUGGUUUUAAGAGAAAUGAAACCAAGUUUGUUAAUAAUUCUUUUGAAAUAGAUGACAAUAACAAUGAAAUUAAACAAGACAAUGAAAAAAAAAUUAAUAAAUAUGUGAUGAAACUUGAAAAUCGUUUUGACAAAAUUGAAAUUAAUGUUAAUAACCUUUUAACUGAAGAUUGUGGAAAUGUUCGACCUACAUGGAGAGGAGAGGAGAGAGGAAUAAGACAAUCUGAACUUAAUGAAUUUCCGUUUUACGUUGAUUUGAUUUAUGAAAAUGAUACUGAAAAUAGCACCACUAAUUCGAUGCACUGUGGAGGAACGUUAAUAAAUGAUCGAUUUGUAGUAACAGCUGCAAGUUGUAUAGAAUCGAAACCAAAUAUAAUUGCUGUUCGAUUAGGAGAUCAUGAUCUCGAUACCAACCCAGAUUGUUAUUCUGGAAUCAAAAACAAGCAUAUAUGUGCACCACCAACGGUCGACUUAAAAAUAGAAAAUAAAGACAUCAUCAUUCACAAUUUAUAUAGAUCAAAUUCUACAAAGCCUAGAAAAUACGAUAUAGCUUUAAUUAGAUUACCUCAAAAAGUCAAUUUUACAAGUGCUAUAGAACCCGUUUGUUUACCGAUAAAAGAAAGUUAUCGUAAACAGGCAAAUUUAACAUUAAUCGGAUUUCCUCAAAGAAAUAAGUUAAAAUCAAGAACGAACACAUUAUCAAGUUUGACUAUUCCAUAUGUAGUGAACGCACAUUGCCAAAAUUUAUUGCAGACAUCAAUAGGAAAUGAUUAUUUAUGCGCCAAUGGUCAAAAUCUAGCGAACUAUUGUCAAGGUUAUGGAGGAAGUGGACUUUUUUAUGUUAUAGUGGAAGAUUAUCGUCUCAGAUGGAUUUUAGCAUCUGUCGUAUCUUACGAUAUGAAUAUAUGUACAGAAAAUUAUCUUCCCAAAGUAUUUACCAGGGUGGAAUUUCACAACAGUUGGAUUUUGGAAAAUAUUAAGUAAUUUUUUUUUCAUGAUGUAAUUUUAAUAAAAUAAGUUUUGGAACGUC